AUGAGAUUAAAGGUUGGAAUAAAUUAAGGAUAUCCUUUAUUAAAGAGUAAUAAAGGCACCACAUUGCUUAGUAUUUAGCAAUACCUUAAGUUCAGUUAUUUUAUUUGUUUUGAGAGAGCGAACGAGCAGGGGAGGGGCAGAGAGAGAAGGAAAGAGAGAAACCCAAGCAGGCUCCACAAUGUCAGUGCAGAGCCCAGUGCAGGGCUCGAUCAUGAUCUGAGCCGAAAUCAAGAGUUGGAUGCUUAACCGACUGAGGCACCCAGACACCCCAAGUUCAGCUAUUUUAAUAAACUGACUUUUGUUUAAAAAAGCAAGGGUAGGUGGUGGCCAUCUGUUUCCUAAGAUAAAGGAGCCUCAUCACUGAAGCCCCAGCUGACCUUCAUCAUUUCGAAAAGGGAAAACUUUGGGAAAGUUGAAUCUCCAAAAAAACCUAUAAAGAGAAAGCAACAAAGGCCACAGGACAGGUGACCUUCCUUCUUUAGGUCAGGGAAUAAGGCUAUAUUCCAUCAGGUCCCCAACUCAGAUAAGAAGGCAGGCUUUGGAAAUAAGUUAACAAUGAUGAAGAGGAAGGAUAGAAUAUGGGGGAUUGUGAAGGGGAAAACUUCCAGGAGACAAAGGAGAAGUUCUAGGCAUGGAUGGAUGGAUGGAUGGAUGGAUGGAUGGGGAGAGUCCCCAGCUGCUUUACAUGUUGACUUUUUGCUAUAGGAACCGUAUCCCAUCAGACACCAUGCGGUGUUCCAUCAGGCGCGGCAUCAUAACCUCAGUGGGCAUUGGAUUCCUGUGGCUCCUCAUCACUUUGAAAACCCCCAGGGAAACUGAAGAUGUUCAAAACGUGAUGGCUUUCAAAGGCCAAGAGGACAGUUAUGGCAAAAGAAAAGAUGUGAGACUGCUGGAAGGCUGGCAGAAUCAUACCUUCCAGUAUAUUAAGACAAUUCAGCAGAGAAGAAAGACGUGGCUGACAGUGGGGAUCUCCUCAGUGCCACGACCAGAUCAAAGCGGCCUCUUGUACACCCUGGUCUCUCUGUUCUGUGCUUCCUCUAAGAUCGAGCAGAAACGUCUCACAGUACUGGUUCAUCUGGCACAUUCUGACCUCACCGGGCUCAGAGAAACCAUUGCCCAUAUUUCAACCCUCUUCAGCCCACAGAUCUUGUCAGGGAAGCUGCUACUGAUUCAUGCUCCAUCUGAUGCCUACCGCACCACGGAUGACACGAGGAAGGAGGCCCACCGUGGGGAAUUCUACUCCAAGCGGAAUAGAGAUCAUGCCUUCCUCAUGAGCUUUGCCGCAAAGCUCUCUGAAUACUUCCUGUUACUGGAGGACAAUGUCCUUUGUGCCCCCAACUUUAUCACCCACAUUCAUUGGAAGGUGGACACAAUGAGGUCCAACCCAUGGGUGCUACUGGAGUUCUCUAAUAUGGGCUUCCUCGGCAAACUCUUCCACAGCAGGGACCUCCCACUCCUGGCUCAUUUCCUCCUCCUCUUCUACAAGGAAAAGCCCCUUGACAGACUGAUCCCCCACUUCCGUACCCUCCUAGCUCAGAAAAACCCAAUCCUCUGCAGACCAUUCCUUUUCUACCACAGGUUCUCCUACUAUACCUCCAAUGACAGUCAGAAGGCCACGCCAGUCCAGAAAAAGAACCCCUAUGGUCCUGACAACCCACCCGCAGCCAUUUUCACAGAUAUGAAGGUUUUUGAUGUUCAUUUCCCCUGGAAGGCCUACACUCUGGAUGAGUCAUUCUUCUGGACCCAAAAUGUUAGUGCAGGGAACCACCUGACAGUCAUUUUGAAGCAUCCAGCGAACUUGAGCAGAGUGCAAGUGUUGACAGGCACCAUUGUGGAUGGAAAGCAUGCCCUAGAGAAGGGGCAAGUGGAGCUGGGCUAUGACCCCGAGGGAAUGCCUCAAUACUGUACCAGCUUUGCCUUGCUGGUCCAUCUCUUGGAAGGGCAGGUGAAUCAGGAGAUAUUCAAAAGUAUGGGGUACGAUGUGAGCUGUGUAAGGCUGGUGGUGAAAGCUAAUCAGGUUGGCGGUCUCAUAAUCAGGCAUAUUUACCUCUGGGAGGAAAAUCCCAAAGAUAUGGAAGCAGCUCAGAGUUGGAGAUAAAUCACUAAGGAUGUGAAAAAUUAAAGUUGUGAAGCUGUUCCAUUCCAGCCUGAGUGACAUGGGGAGAUAGAUGUCAGGGAAUGAGGGGCAGGGAGAGAAGACUCUAUGAUGCUUUUGGUGCCACCAUGAUAUUAAGAGACCUGUUCCUUUUUCUCCCCAAACAAGUAAUUCAUAUAUAUAUAUAUA